GUAAAACCAGUGUUUGGGCGCUUCCUACCCUCUUCUACUCUGUUUGAAGAAAGAUGGAGGGAUUGUCCGAAGACGAAUUCCCUUGCUCUUCCAUCGCCGUUGAUUCCUUCCUUCGUCUUGGAUUUGCGGGAUCAGCUUGGGGAUUAUUUAUUGGUCCAUAUGAAGCUGGCAAAAAAGGCUUCACUGGCACUGCUCGAGCUUCUUUCGUGGUCAAGUCGGUUGGUAAAUAUGGGACCUAUUGUGGACUUUUUGCUGGAAUGUUUGCUGCAACACGCUGUGGAAUUCGACGGUACCGGAGGGAAAAGGAUUGGGUGAACGCUUCUAUUGCAGGUGCUGUUACUGGCGCUGCUUUGGCCAUGAGGACCCGGAGCUAUCAGCAAAUAUUCACCACAGCAGCUAUAGUAUCUGCCAUUGCGACUGCAGCCGAUUAUUCGACGGCGAUCUGACCUGGCAAGCUUCUACCUUCUGGUUACUCUUUAAGGAUUGCAUUCUCUCAGUAAUUAUAUAGAGAGCUCUGAUCAUCUACAGGCUACCUGCAUGGCAAGAGCCAUGCAAUGCAUUUUCAGCCAUGAAAAAUCC